AUGUUCGUUCAGUCAGUCUUAUUGCGUCACGCUGGUCGGUAUAACGAUAGCGUUGUUAAUUAUUUUUAUUCUCGAAUUCAAUCGAAUAUCUUAAGUGCAUCAAAAUGACGAUCAGCAGACUGUCCAUCGUUAAAUUCCUUGAACUGGCGCUGACUUGUUCGUGCGUGGCCCUGCACUACCACAGUUACAAUGCAGACGCUGAUCUCGGUAUGCUGGUCACCGGGACAUUUAUAGGAUAUCUUAUCAUAUUUGCUGGAGCGGCUGCAGGUUACUUGAUGCAGACGCCGUCACACAAACGCAUUGACAUCUUCUACUCGUUGGUCGGGGUUGCGCUUUUUGUCGCCAGUGGUGCGGUCAUUAUUGACAGAUUCCAACACUACGGUAAAAGCGACUUCAGAGACAAGAAUCUAGCGAAGGCGUCACUAUCCAUCAUCAACGGAGCAAUUUUGCUUGUCGACGCCGUGUUGACGCAACGCGGCGGCUAGAUGGCGCUAUUUGCUAAUUAUAUCAAACUAAGUUUUAUACGGCUAUGAUUAAAGCAAGUAAUCACACAAUUUUAUAAAUUACUAGAAUAUGUGUAAAUUAAUUUACAGAUAAUUUAUACUGU